AUGGAAUCAAAGGCCAACCUAAGACCCGUCUCGAAACGAUUCCGCGCUCAUGUCGACAGUCGAACGAAACGUCUACAGAAAUACAUCAACGAACAUAUUCCGGACAACGCUAUCUUUUGCGUUGUGUUCUGCCAUGAACUGGAGAAAGUACGGAAGCGCCUCGGCCAAUCUAACCCACCUGAUGACCUAUAUCGACAUUUUAUCGAGAAGUUCGAGCAAUUCGUUCCACCUAAUGUCGAACAGUACAUUCGACCUGGGUGGGUUGCGCAUGCAUUUCCUGGGGUCAUUUCUGAGGUCGGGGAAGACAUUCCACCCGGCCUAUGGGAAGUACCUGGCCCUCUCGCUCCUUUGUCGCCGGAACAAGUGAAGACUCUCCGAGGAAUGCUUCCGACAGACGCUCUCGAACUGGAAGCAAUCAAGGCGCGUUUAGACAACAUCAACGAGCUCAUCGAUUCGCGCUGUUGGGAGUUGAAGGAGGGGUUCGGAAAAGAUAAAUUCAACAACCGUUGUCGCGAGUUUUUUUGGUAG